ACCCUCCUUUUCUUGGCCUUUGUGAUUACUUUGCCGCCUUGCCGGUGCGCAGGACCAUAUCACCGGGCAGCGGCUAAGUCGGCUUUGAAGCUGCUCCUGAAAUCCUCACUGGGCGGAGUACCUCGUAUGAAGGCGACAAGUUUUCGAGAAGCAUUGGUCGAAUCUGAGGAAAUGCCUGGCCACUUGCCUUUCUCGCCUUGUUUCAAUCACGACGCCCACCAGCCCUGCUGAAACUGUCUAAAGCUCCCAAGGCUAUGCAACACAACACGUGUGAUGUUUCUAUUUUUGACUAUGCGACAUGUACCUUUUUGGCGAUUCAGUUCGUCUUUUCUGGAAUAUUGAAUGGUUCCACCAGCAGCCCCGGAGUGGUGUUGAUCUCAACUGACAGCCAUUUCUGGUCGAGUCUUGAUACCCACUUGCCACCCAGCACUGCUUGGACGCCUCGCCAAGAGCAUCUUGACGUCUAGUAGCGUUCAUCUUUCGACAGUAAGUUCAGUAUUCAUCCAAUUCAUCUAGAGUAUCCAAUCAUUAUUUGACUGGCUGUUUCGUGGCUGUGCCAAACCCGAAUGGCGCGCGGAUCGUCGGUCAAUCUCUAGUCUCUGACAUAAUUCCACAUGUCCGCCGUUGUCAAGAUGUGGGUGCUUGAAUCGCUAUCCUAUUUAGGAAAUAGAUAGACGGAGACCGGACAUGGACACAUCAACGGCGGUUUAUUGUAUCUCCGCCAUCCGUCUCUUGUCUCCGGGUGGAUGUGGUGUAUUCCACAUAAUCGAAUUGAUAUAACAGAUUGCCAAGCAAUGGAACAAUAAAAAUCAC